AACAGGCUCUGCUUUUGCCAAGCAGACACGCAGCCUAUUUAAGACAACCACAUGAUUUCACUGGGAGUCAAAAUGGUCCACGGGGGUCCCCGGGUAGAGAGAGAGAGGGAGCGGCUGAGCGAGUGUGUGUGAGGACAGGGAGAGAGAGAGAGAGAGAGAGAGAGGUUGGGAAAUGACUUGCCGGGAGAGAGGACCUGACUUCAUGAGUCUUUCUGUCCUUAUCCAGUGCGCUUGGAAAUGAAUGGAGAACAAAGUGACAGAACUUAAGAAGCCUGCGCGUGAGACUGGUUGAUACUGGCAUUCAUUGCAGAUCCCACAGAACUGCUGCUGUUGCUGCUGUCGGACUGUUUUGCGCUUUGGACUGUUGCAAAGUGGCUGUGUGACACAGAACUGUUUUUUUUUCCUUCUUUUUUUUUUUUUUUGCGUAAAGGUGAUCCACAGACAUGAAUUUACCCCGGAUUUGUGUUAAACGGAGGAAAAAAAACUUGAUUUCAGUCUUUUUCCAUCUCUUUUGUUUUACCACAUUGGGCAAAAGCUUUCCUUGGAAUAAUGGUGCUGACAGUGCAGAAUCCCACCAGGAAGCAUCGGCUUUACUGCGAUUUCUCAAUUUACCUCAACACACAGAAUACGAGAUUGUGUCUCCAUAUGAGGUCAGCCGCCAUGGCAAUUACAUCUCUCAUGAAGUUGCCCACCAUCAGCACACACGGCGACGCAGAUCCCUGACCUCGGAUGCAGCCUCAUUAAACUCCAAUAGCAACAGUGACACGGUCCACUUCCAGCUUAGGGGCUUGGGGCAGGACUUCCACAUGGAGCUGAGGGCGUCCUCGGAGAGCCUGAUUGCACCUGGCUUCACCAUCCAGGUCCUGGGAAAGAACGGCACCAAGAGCUUGAGGGCCCAUCACCAAGACGACCUGUGCUUUUACCAGGGGUCACUGAGGUCGAGGGUCAACUCAUCAGUGGCACUGUCUACAUGCAUGGGGAUGUCAGGUUUGAUCAGAACUCAGGAUGCCGACUACUUCUUGAGACCUGUGUCCCUCAGCCUCGCCCAGAGAGAGAACUUUACCGCACCGUCCACUCACCAACCACACAUCCUCUACAGGAGCGAGAGGGACCUGGACAAAGAGCCGAGAGGUCACCGGCGCCGCGUGCUCGGGAAACGAUCCACAGAUGCAGCUCCCCGCGAAUCCCACGGACACUCUGUCACAGAGAGAUCCUCAAGAGCGCCGUCUGAUGCCACCCACAGCACACUCGAUGGAGAUCACCCACAAAGACACAGUCAUGGCCAUCACCGUGGCAACAUUAACAACAAUAGUCAUGUUGACCCGGCGGAGAAUCGUGGCAGUGACCAUCACCUCAAAAGCCAUCCCCAUGAGAAUGGCUACAGACACGGGGCGAAGCAGAGGCAGCACUUUUGCGGGAGAAGGAAGAAAUACAUGCCCAAACCUCCAGAAGAGGAUGUUUUUAUCCUUCCAGAUGAGUACAAGUUUAUUCCCAGGAACAAAAGGGCAGUGCUGAUGAAGAACGAGGCCAAUCAGAAGCUCAACGUGGAGACACUGGUGGUGGUGGACAGAAAGAUGAUGGAUAACCACGGCCAUGAGAACAUAACCACUUAUGUUCUUACUGUGCUUAAUAUGGUCUCCAGUCUCUUCAAAGACGGUACGAUAGGAGGGAACAUCAACAUUGUGAUAGUGGGGCUUGUGCUUCUGGAUGAAGAGCAGGAUGGCUUGGUGAUCAACCACCAUGCAGACCACACUCUGAACAGCUUCUGCCACUGGCAGUCUACUCUGGGAGCCAGAGAAGGACGCCGCCACGACCAUGCCAUCCUCCUGACAGGACUCGACAUCUGCUCCUGGAAGAAUGAACCCUGUGACACCCUUGGUUUUGCUCCGAUUAGUGGGAUGUGCAGCAAAUACCGGAGCUGUACCAUUAAUGAAGACACGGGCCUGGGCCUUGCGUUCACCAUUGCCCACGAAUCCGGACACAAUUUUGGAAUGGUCCACGAUGGCGAGGGUAACGUUUGCAAGAAGUCAGAGGGCAACAUCAUGUCUCCCACCUUGGCCGGCCACAAUGGUGUCUUCUCCUGGUCCGCGUGCAGCCGUCAAUACCUCAGCCGCUUCCUCAAUUCUGCCCAGGCUGUGUGCCUAUCAGAUGAACCAAGAGCAGUCAAGGAGUAUCCGUAUCCCGAGAAGCUGCCUGGCGAGCUGUACGAUGCAGACACGCAGUGCAAAUGGCAGUUUGGGGAGAAGGCCAAACUCUGCACCCUUGAUUUCAAGAAGGAUAUCUGUAAGGCCCUGUGGUGUCACCGCGUUGGGAGGAAGUGCGAGACCAAAUUCAUGCCAGCUGCUGAGGGCUCUGCUUGUGGACCUGAUAUGUGGUGUCGUAGGGGCCAGUGUGUGAAGCAGGGCGAUGAGGGCCCGAGGCCUCAGCAUGGCCAGUGGUCGGCGUGGUCUUCCUGGUCUGCCUGUUCACGGAGUUGCGAGAGCGGUGUCACCUAUCGAGAGAGGCAAUGCAACAACCCCAGACCUGCAUAUGGAGGCAAGUUUUGCGAGGGCUCCUCCAGGUCGUACAAACUUUGCAACACUGAUGACUGUCCCCCGGGGGCCACCGACUACAGAGCACAGCAGUGUGCCGAAUUCAACGGCAAACAGUUCAGAGGAUGGUUCUACACCUGGAGACCAUACACUCGAGUGGAUGAUCAAGAUGUUUGUAAGCUGUACUGCUUUGCUGAAGGUUAUGAUUUCUUCUUUGCUUUGGCCAGUAAAGUUAAGGAUGGGACACUCUGCUCCCAGGACAGCAAUAACGUCUGCAUCGACGGGCUGUGUGAGAGAGUUGGAUGCGACCAUGUGUUGGCCUCCUCCGCUGUGCCUGAUGCUUGUGGGGUGUGUAAAGGAGACAACUCCACCUGCAAGAUCUACAAAGGACAGUACACCAAGCAACAUUAUACUAACCAGUACUAUGGAGUGGUCACCAUCCCGGCAGGUGCUCAGAGUAUCCGCGUGGUUGAGCUGAAUACCUCCAGCUCAUACCUGGCUGUCAGGGACACACAGAGACGGUACUUCCUGAACGGACACUGGACAGUGGACUGGCCAGGGCGACACUCCAUUGCUGGUGCCAUUUUUGAAUAUAAGAGACCCUAUAACAGACCAGAGAGCCUCUUCUCAACUGGCCCCACCAAUGAGACACUAGUCAUAGAAAUAUUGUUGCAGGGUUGGAACCCCAGUGUGCGUUGGGAAUACACUCUGAAGAAAGCCGAUGAGAAAAAGAAUCACAUCAAACACAAUUACUCGUGGGCCAUCAUACGCUCCCAGUGUUCAGCGACAUGUGCUGGAGGUCAGAUGAACACCAGGUCUGCCUGUUACAAAGACUUGCGAGUGCAGGUCAACGCUUCCUACUGCAAUCCCAGAUCAAGACCAUCUACUGGACUGAUGCCCUGCAGCACCCAACCAUGUCCUGCCAGCUGGUCUGUAGGAGAGUGGGGCGUGUGCAGCCGAAGCUGUGGAGGAGGAGAGCAGAUCCGACAGGUCCAGUGUGUCCAGAGAACCAACCAGGCCAACACGGAUGCCCUGGCUGACUCUCAGUGUGCCCAGCCCAUCCCAGCCAGGAGACAAGCCUGCAAUACACAUAGUUGUCCCCCAGUGUGGACGACUGGGCCAUGGUCACAGUGUUCUCGCAAGUGUGGCAACGGCCUUCGGAAGAGGACAGUGCUGUGUUCGAGCACCAACCCAGGAGUCCAGACACGCACGCUGCCAGACAGUGUGUGCGCAGGCCUGCCAAAACCUGUCGGUCAAGAAUCCUGCUUCAUUAAACGGUGCCAGAAACAACGAAAAGUCCAGUGGUUUGUCUCCACGUGGCAAGAGUGUUCAGUAACCUGUGGUCGUGGCUAUCAGACACGCUUCGUUAAAUGUGCAGAGAAGGACACUGCAGGAAAAUACAGAGAGCUUGCAGCCAAGAAGUGCCACCAUGUCCCUAAGCCCACAGUAGAGCUCCAGAGGCCCUGCAUCCUGGCUGAGUGUCCUGUCCACACUACGCCACCAGUCCACCGAUGGAACAUGAAUCUUCGCACCUAUCCACCUCAACCUCAGUCCCGACCGGAGUGGCACCCAUCUCCAUGGUCUCAGUGCACUGUGACAUGUGGCGGAGGAGUGCAGGCCAGAACAGUCCAAUGUCUGGCUCAGGGGAAGCCCUCUGCUGGCUGCGCCCUCCAUCUUAAACCCGCAAUGUCCCAAGCCUGCAAUACCAACUUCUGCCCACAGCCUGAGAAGAAAGAUCUUGCUUGUAGGGAUUACUUCAACUGGUGUUACCUGGUGCCCCAGCACGGAGUCUGCAACCACAAGUUCUAUGGCAAGCAGUGCUGCCAGUCCUGUUCGAAUUCAAACCUAUAAUCACAUGAAAUGACUCUGCCUGUGUCACCAACAGAUCAGUAGUUAGACAAAAGACUAUAUUUGACGUCCGUGCUUGGAAAGACAGUGUUCUUGUUUGAGCGUGUGGCAGGCACUGGAAAACAGAGGACAUUUCAGUCGAAGUGCAGUUGCAGUUGCCCUUUCCUCUCUCUGCGAUGCCGGACAUCUGGAUGCAAGAACUCGAUGCUGACAGCACUACACGUGAAAAUGAUCAUGACAGAACAAAUAAAGUCGAGAAUUAUGGGAAGGAACUAACAAAAUGGGAAUCUUGAUUAAAGUGAAUAGGACUGACAUGUCCAAAAGAAACUGAAAACCUGAAAAAUCCCAGCUUUGUUUAUAUACCGUAUGUAAUUGAACAGAUCUGUACCCAGGACACCCAACAUCUCCAAGGCAACCAAAGGCCAGUGAUGGCACAUCAACAGAGGAAUAUGGCUGACGAGGUUUUCAAGCUCUGCCGUGCAACAACACGUGACACGCCCUGUUGGUGUGUGUGGGGGCGGCAAUUCUGGAGGAAUUGGAAAUCCGGGGUCUGAUAAUGAAAAGGGAUGUUUCAAAGAAACAUGUAGGACAACAUCAUUUUAAUCUGAAGCUUGAUACAAAACAGACUGGGAAUAAUCAAUAAGUGGGCUUCCUGAAUAGCUGGACAAUAGCAGAAUGUUCUGUGUUGUCACAUGAAAGAAAGAAAGGGGGGAAAAAAUGAGAAGAAACAUGAGUAGUAUCCUGCAAUGGGUCUAAGUUGUGUAAACUGGCUUUCGUACUCAGUGGUGCUACAGUGUUGCCUUUUGUCAUCAAACCAAUGUGAAAUCCUCAAGUUUCAGGAGGCGACAACUCAAUUGUGUGACCCAUGUACAGUAUUGUUUGUUUUAUUUAUUGGCUUUACAAUACAGCAUUGCUGGAAGACUGUAUUAAUAAGCAGUAUAAAUAUGUCCUUUUAUUACUCAACCCUAAGCCCAUUACUCUUAUAUUUUGUAUUGUUUUCGUAGGAUAUCAUGCUGACAAACUGCACCUUUCUUACUUAAAAUGUUUAUUUUUAUGUUGGAAGCAAAAACCCAAUUCAACAGUGUUACCGUACAAAAGUGAGCAUUUACAGCAGCGGCGCGAACGGAAAUCUUUGUCAAUAAAAGGUAUGAGCACGCUGUUUGAAGAGACACUGCUCUCUGUUUCACAUCACCGUGUCCUACAUCAUCAUGUCAUACUCAAGGCAUCUAUUGCAUGCAUUGAAAUGGAAAUCAAACAAUGCAUUACGUACUGUUAUGGAUACAAGCACUGACAGAUGAUGGCUGUGACUUUUACAAUGUAAAUGAAACAAUAAACAAAUGUGUGUCAUGUCA